ACCGACAGUCAAGCGGCUAUAAAGGCCCUGCAAUCUAAUAAAAUAACAUCCAAGUUAGUUCUGGACUGCCAUAAGCUGACGGGCCACUGCAGGCUUAAGAGGCAUCUAAGCCCGAUGGAAGUGGAA